AUGGCCGGUUUGAAUGCAACAAGAUUUGCUUUUGCCGCACGGGCUCUGAAGCGGGCGCAGACCCGGUUUAGCACACGCCGCCUGGCCACUGCGGCCACUGCCACAGAGUCUGCUGCUGCUGCGCAGCCUGUCGAGCGCUACGACAUUGUGAUCGUGGGCGGCGGGCCACACGCAGCUGGGAGCCGACCUGCUGAUACGUUCCUGAACCGCACGCUGCAGAUCACAGCCAGCAACAAGCUGUACCUGGAGAAGGUUGGCUCGUGGAGCAUGUGUAAUACAGAGCGGGUCCAGCCAUACGAUCGCGUGGUGGCUCUGGAUGGCUCGGGAUCGGGCAGGAUCGAGCUGAACACGCCCAGUGGAGACGUCACUGCCGCGUACAUGAUUGAAACCAAGAACCUGGUCAGCGGGAUGCUGAAGUUCAUUGACGCGCAGGGUGCCAACAUCGAUGUGGUCGAGAAAGCCAAAGUGGCAAACAUUGCGCAUGAGGCAGGCUCGGUGGACUGGCCAGUAGUGACGCUGGGGAACAAGCGCCGGCUACAGGCGCGGCUGCUGGUAGGCACAGACGGUGGCAACAGCAGUGUGCGCAAGUUUGCAGAUAUCGGCACCUAUGGCACCGACUACGAGCAGUACGGGCUGAUUGCGACGCUGUGUCUUGAGCAGCUCAACCGCACGGCGUACCAGCGCUUCCUGCCCGAGGGCCCCGUCGCUGUGCUCCCGUUCCCUAACGGCUUUGCCAACCUCGUGUGGUCGCUACCGGCCGAUCUGAUGCGGGCCUUGAAGACGAUGCCUGAGGACGCCUUUGCCUUGCUUAUGCAGUACCUGUACGGCCUGGUGGGCAGCGGUGCCAGCGAGCGAGAGAUCAUGGACGAGACCAAAUGGCGGCUCGACGUGUUUGCCAAGAGCAAUGCCAGUGAGGAGAAUUGGCUGCCGCCCAAUGUUGCCGCUAUUUCGCCGAAAUCACGCAUGUCGUUCCCGCUGCGCCUGCGCAGCGUCGAUCGACUGGUCGGCAGCCGUGGGCUGAACAUGGGCAUUGAAGAUGUGCAGAGUCUGGUGCAGAUCCUGGAGCAGGCAGCGCUGGCAGGCGAGGACAUCGGCACUGUGGGUGUGCUGGAGCGCUACAACCGCCAGCGCUAUGUGCGGAAUCUGGCGAUGCAAGGCGUGGUGGACAAGGUCUGGCAUACUUUUAGUGCUACUGCAGGGCCGAUUGUCAAGGCCCGCUCAAUGUUGAUGAACGGUCUGGACCGCUUCCCGGCCGCCAAGGACAUCUUGGUGAAGAACAUGAUGAUGUAG